GGAGAUAAUAGAAACGAGCCCUCCCUUCACCCCUGAGCUGUCAGCAGAGCAGUCCUUCAUUUUGACGAAGGAGUCACAGCUGCUGGGUUUCAAGACUCACACAGAGAGCCAUGGAGGAGAAGAAGCAGUCUGGAGGACUUCACUUCGUCGGCAAGAAGGAUGAACUGAUUAAAGCAAAGCGCUCUUUCCGGACUUUGGAGGGUCGAGACGUUCUGAUUAUCUACCAUCAGGGAGUCUUCUAUGCUAUGGACUGCUACUGUUACCAUGCCGGAGGAACAUUGGAGAACGGAGACAUAGAGGACAUCAACGGCAAGCUGUGCAUAAUUUGUCCAAAGCACAAGUACAAGAUCACUCUGGCCGAGGGGGAGGGCUUGUACAGGGGCAGGAACCCCCAGGAGAAGCCACCGGUGUUCAGAUGGUACUCCAAGGGGGUGAAGCAGAGGGUCCACACCGUCACAGAGGAAAACGGGGAAGUCUUCGUCAAGCUCGUCAUGAUCCCAAACUGGGUCGAUUCGGACUACUACCAGGGAGAAAAAGGCAAGGUGGAAAGAGCCAAGGCCGAGGAAUCUGACGGGGACAUGCCUGUGAUGAAAGAUGACGAUGAUGAGUGAAGCUUCUUCCGCUGGUCUCAGAAUGAACCGUGACUUUUGCAAGGAUGUUCAUUGAUACAAGCCAAGAUAUGACCUGCUUUAGUGUAGAGGUUUAAAAGAUAUGUAUUUCAUAAAUUAAUCAUUUCAGUCCCACUCGGUAGCCGCAUGUUUCCAUACUCUCUUGGCCUCCAUCUCUCCCUCAUGAAUUAUGCAGCUGGAUCGAUGUGAUAAAAAGCUUUAUAGUGAUCAAUACAGUCCUGAAGUGGAGAAUCAUUUGCUUAAAAAAAUAAAAACAUCAUGCAACAAA